GCUGGGGAGUGAUGGGACGCGCGCCUCUGCAUGUCCCGCUCACUUGGGCCUGUGAUUGGUGGAUACACCCGGCUCGCGGUGGGCGGGCGGGCCACGCUGGCUGUCAGUCUCCCGGGGGCAGGCCGGCGACGCCGGGCCCGCUCCCGCCCUCCCCGCAGCUGCCGACGUGGGGCCGGAGGUUAGAGGCUGGGUUGUGGGCGCGGAGCGCAGGCGGGAUGGGGGGGCUGCGGUUGCUGGCGGUGGCCCUCACGUGCUGCUGGUGGCUGCCGGGGAGCCACGCUAAGACCCUGCGGGGCAGCUUCAGCAGCGCUGCGGCCCGAGACGCUCAGGGCCAGAGCAUCGGCCGCUUCGAGUUCCACGGUGACCAUGCUCUUCUGAGUGUCAGAAUCAACAACAUAGCAGUAGCUGUUGGAAAGGAAGCUAAACUCCACCUGUUCCAAGCCCGGGAAUGGCUUAAGCUGCAGGGAAACAGUCAGGAUUAUAGCUGCAGGGAAAAAUUAGCCAAAGCUCAGUUGACAGUGACCAUGAAUCAGACUGAACAUAAUCUGACAGUGUCCCAGAUUCCAUAUCCACAAACUUGGCACGUCUUUUAUGCAGACAAAUAUACAUGUAAAGGUGACAGUGAAAAUUCUCAGGUGGAAGAUAUCCCAUUUGAAAUGAUGUUACUAAACCCGGAUGCUGAAGGGAAUCCAUUUGAUCAUUUUAGCGCUGGAGAAUCUGGGUUCCAUGAGUUCUUUUUCCUCCUAGUCCUAGUGUACUUUGUGAUUGCUUGCAUUUAUGCUCAGUCAUUGUGGCAGGCUAUUAAGAAAGGAGGACCCAUGCACAUGAUUUUAAAGGUUCUGACAACUGCCUUGCUGUCACAAGCUGGCUCAGCUUUAGCUAAUUACAUUCAUUUCUCCAGUUACUCCAAAGAUGGACUAGGGGUACCUUUAAUGGGAAGUUUGGCAGAAUUUUUUGAUAUCGCUUCCCAAAUUCAGAUGUUAUACCUACUUCUGAGUCUGUGCAUGGGUUGGACGAUAGUCAGAAUGAAGAAGUCUCAAAGCAGACCUCUCCAGUGGGAUUCCACCCCAGCAUCCACGGGCAUUGCCGUGUUUAUCGUCAUAACACAGAGUAUUUUGCUACUUUGGGAACAGUUUGAAGACACCAGUCCUCACAGCUACCACUCACACCACAACUUAGCAGGCUUCCUUCUAAUCCUUUUAAGAAUUUGCCUGGCAUUGUCACUAGGCUGUGGACUCUACCAGAUCAUCACAGUGGAGAGAAGUACACUAAAAAGGGAGUUCUACAUCACAUUUGCCAAAGGCUGUAUCCUGUGGUUUUUGUGCCAUCCAGUUCUUGCAUGUAUUUCUAUCAUUUUUAAUGACUACCAAAGAGAUAAGGUUAUUACAAUAGGUGUUAUCCUUUGCCAGUCUGUUUCCAUGGUUAUUCUUUACAGACUCUUUCUAUCCCACAGUCUCUACUGGGAAGUUUCUUCACUUUCUUCAGUAACACUACCACUGACCGUAUCAUCUGGACACAAAAGUCGGCUUCACUUCUGAUACUUGAUUUUCUUUAAAGGAAAAGUGAAUUUAUUUAACAGUGCGAUAAGGAUCCAAAUACAGUGACUUGUGAUUUCAUACUUUUUGUAUGAAAUGUUGAACAAAGAAGGCAAAGCAUGUUAUUUAUACAACUGCAUUUAAGCAGUACCAAACCUGAAAAAAGGUAAUACAUGAAAUGUUUUGAAAUAUACUUAAUAAACUUUCAAGAAAGAGUAUUGGCAUAAGGUGAUUUAUGCAAUUCCCAUAUGUAAGUAGAGAUGAAAAAGAAUUAUAUAAUAUUUUGGUAAGAGAUUGACCACUUAUAAGCCUCAUAUCAAUAGUUAACUCAGGUUUGAUAGUCUUAUAAAAGGUAAUCAGUUAAUGAUUACUUGCUUAUACAUAUCUAAACUAAAUCCAGUUAUGAAGUCAGUGUAGUACACUGAUUAAAAACUGCUGCUUUUUAUGCUUUAAGGAAAAUGCAUUUCCUGUUGGAGUUUAAGAAAUUGAAAAUGAAAAUGAAUAUAAAAUAUAUUCAUAGUUAAAUAAAUUAGCUUUUGUUUUCUUGUGGGUGGAAUUAUUCUCCAUUUUUUAAAUCAUUUUUGGCUCUAGUUCAGGUUGUAGCUUGAUUAGUAAAGGUUUUUGACAGGUAGUUUAUGAAAAAUAAAGCUUAGCAACAUUAUAUGGGUUGUAAAGACAAAAGGUUUUGAAUCUGAGCACUUAGGUGAAGGGACAAGGAGGUUUACAUGUUUAAAGAGAAAAAAAUAAAAAGUCCUAUGUGAGAAGGUACUAAAAUUUUAAUCCUUAUACAAUUCAUUUCUCUUACAUUGAAUCCCCAAUUGUAAUUAAGCCAUAUACACAGAUUAAAUUAACAGAAGCAUUUCACAUAAAUGUUGGUUUCACUCAUCAACUACCCAUGAAUUCCUGCCCAAGGAUACUUAAUCAGGAUUAAAUUUUCUAUGAAUAAUUGAAAAACAAAAUACUGACUGGAUUUGUUAUAAUCCGUGUUGGCACUGGAUUCUAAGUAGUUGCCAUCUUGAAUCCUUUGUAAUAAAGCCAUACUUUUUGUGUAUGUGAUGCCCCGGUGUUGAGUAUGCUAGCUAUAAAUAAUCUAUCAAGUGCCUGUUUAAAGAACUGCUAAUGGUUGUCAAUACCUGCUGUAUAAAAUGAGUUUUCCCCAUUAAUAGUCACUGACUGGAAACUAUUCUGUUGCUCUUUGUCAGGUUGUUCAGGCCUUUUCAUUUUUACCUCUGGCUUAUUUAAAAGAUAUUUUUUAAUCUACCUUCAAAGGUAUUACAUUUUUAACCAAGAAAUGUGCACUGAUCUGGUAAUUCAACUAUUUAAUUAAAUAGUUAAAGUAAUGUAGCACAACUUAAAAAUAUCUAUGGCUUCAUCUUUGUUUUCCCCUUACACCUAUUCUCAUGGGAAAUGAAUAGUAGUCUGUUUAAUUUUAAAGGCAAAGUACAUGUGUUCGUGACUAGUAGUAUGGCAGUGUGACAAAGUUCAGCCUGCUCAUUAAAUCAUUUCUCUGACAGUUCUUUGUAAAUUACUUAAUGGAGAGCUACACGUUGCAACUAGAAACUCUUGAGAUAUAUUUCAGGGUUCCAUGAUGGGCUGAGUGGUGGAAACCUUUACUUCUACCAACUCUCACUAGCAACCUCAGUUAUGUCUGUUGUGUUCAACUGAGAUGCAGUUAAUUAAGCUAAAGAAAAAGCCUUUUCAUACAUUUUGUGAACUUGCAACAAUAGGAAGGAAGUAAUCUUUCUGUUAUUUUACACGAAGGACAUACAAACUGUAAUCAACAUAUAUGAAAUAUGUUACUGUGCUUGACACAAAACUUUGACAGGUUUUUUUUACUUUAUGUCUUAAUUUAUGGUUGAACUUGCUGAUAAUUUAUUUUGUUAUUCAAAGCCUUUGUUAAAUGAAGGGAACAGUUAAUAAUUAAUGUAUGAAGCAGUUGUUAAUAAAGUUUAGUAAUCAGAACUUAAAAUUUAUAGUUCCUAAGUCAUGACGCAGCAUCCUCUUUUUCUGAAUGUUUACAUGGAGAUUUGUCAUCAUAGAUUACAGAGAGAGAAGUGUAUACUGCAAACUCUAAUUAAAGAUCAAGACUUUCCUACUUCUCUUUCCCUGUCAGAUAAUACUCUUUUAUCUACAUUUUUCUUAAAGAAGAUGAAUGAUCUAGCCAAAGUUCUUUUCUUUUUUUCCAGAAGCAUUUCAUUUCUUCCCUUAGGAAAGUACAGAUGUUUAUUUUCAUUGACAUGUGUGAUCAUGUCCUGCCUGGUUGAAUGACUGCUGUGCGCCAGGCCCCUCACACUCAUACACUCAUCGCUGAGCCCGGCCACGCUAACCCAGCUCUCUCUUAACUGAGUGUAAGAGGGAACUAAUAAUUGUUCUAAUGUCCCCUGACUUCUCUUUUGUUUUUCUACUUUACCCUCGUGGUUUAAUGAGCAUACCUAUUCGGUGUAUAUGUUUUUAGUGAGAAUGACUGUCUAUACAUAGUUAAUUGUGCUGGAAUUAUGCUGAAAUCAGAAACGAGCUUGAGUAUCCAAGUGUGCACCUCAGCACACUUCAGUAUUUGAAGCUUAGCUUUCAGCCAGACAGUAUUGCUGACAGGGAGAUAAAAUCAAAGCAGAAGAGCUUGCUUUAGGAAAGUUUUUCAUCAUCUCAAGUAAAGUAAGACAAGCCUGAGGAACACAGAAGCUAUACGAGCCUAAGGCCUCUUCUAAUGUACUGAGACUAGAACUUACACAUCAGUGCGGAGGUUGUCCCCUUCAGCACGUUUCCCUUCAGAGGCUCUGCAUAUUCUCCGGAAAUUGUUUGGAAAUUAGAAUUCUUUGUGAAAUGUUCUCUUUCUGUAGCUUCAGUGGGUCAAAUCGUUGAGCUUUUCAUUGGAUUUUGAAAAGUGAUGUGAUAGUCAAUUUGUGACCAUAUCUGACGAGAUAGUAUCAUUUGUUUUUUUGUUUCAACAUGAAUUCGUGAAUUGAACUACGAUAAUGAGAUUGGUUUUCCUCUAAAAUGUGAAAAUAAGUGUGGGGGCACACGAGCCUGAACUCUUGCAGUAAUUCUUUAAGUAAUAUUGCUGCUUCCACACUUUGGCAGCUUUCUCUGCACAACUCCAAGGGCAUCAAGCACAUAUACUCUUAGGAGUGUUAUUUGCACAGAAUUCCAGGCCUGGAAGCAUAGAAAGAAGUGGUCCUGCCCACUAAACCCAUUCUGUGCAAAGCAAAGAGAAGUCAGGUGGGUCAUGGAAUUCUUUAUGUUACUUUUACCUUUGUUUUUUAAUUUGAAAUUAUUUUGAAAGAGUUUUAAAAAUACAAAUCAGAUCAAACGGCUGCCCUGUUAAAAACUCCAUUUGCUUCCCAUUGCACUUGGACAAAACUGAUCAAUGCUCAGUACCAUGUCCUACAAGCCCCCCCGUGAUGUGGUCCCUGCCCUUCUCUGCUCUCAUUUCAUAUCAUUUUCCCUCUUACCAUAAAACAGCCACACCACAAACCACCUCAUCUGUGUCACUGCUGUAGAGCCUUUGCACUAGCUAUUUCUUCUGCCUGGGAUAUUCUGUUCCAAAUCUUAGCGUGGUUGCAUGGCUGAACCCUCCUCAUCUUUCAGGCUGUCAUCUCAAAUAUCUUUCAGAGACCCCUGACCAUCUGUGGUGGUCUUUUUCUGAAUGUACCAAUGUACAUUGGUACAUUGUACAAAAUAUGGUACCAAUGUAGCUAAACUGGAGAUGUGCUCCUCGGAAUUCUCCCUGUGUAAUUCUAGGAUAGGGUGGGUGACAAGACAAGAUGUUUCGGUGUGAGGUGUAGAAGGCAGAAGUAAGUUAGCCAGAUCCAGAUUCUUUUUAGAAUUAAAAGGUCUGAGCAAGGCACACCCUGCUGCUACUCACUGAUGCUUUAGCUUCCCUGCUAGCCUGACCUCUUCUUGGACUUUGGGCCCACAGGAACACCAGCUCCUACUGGCUCACAUUCAGCUUCUCUGGCUCCUGAGCCAGGUGUGUGUUUUACUCUGUGACAAAAGAUGCCAAAUUCUGCAGGGCAGCCCCAUCCUUGCAGUUGAAGUUUGGAGGCAGUGAGAGAGUGGCAGUGAGAGGGUGGAUUCCAGUCCAUCCUCAUGAGUUCCUCUCAGUCCUGUGGGUUCAAUUCAUCCUGCCAGGCUCCAGUGUGUCUUUGCUUUCCCCACUUCGCAACCAUCUUCCCUUCCCACCUGCCAGGUGCAAAAGAACAGCCAGCCCCCUAUAAUUCCUAUAUUAAAAACUUUAUUUUGUGUAUUUAAGAUGUGUGUGUGUGUAUGUGCAUACAUUCAUGUCUGUGUGUUUCAGUGAUGUCCUAGUGGGGUUUUUUUUUUUAAUCAGAUACUGUCGGAUAAUGCAAUCCUGACCAGUGCUACUUCCCCAUCCUAAUUGCUCUGUCAUAUUAUCCCCUUUUCUCUCUAUAGUAUUUGCUGCUUUAUCUUUGCCUGUUGCCUCUCUCUUCAAUUAGAAUGUAAAUUUAAGAGAUUUUGGCUGUUGUCUGUAUUGUUCAUUGCUGUAUCCCUAGCACCUAGAGCAUUCCCUGAUAUACACUAGAUGCUCAAAAAUAUUCUUGAAUGAAUGAGAGAAAGCAAUUCUGAAAAACAGUUCCAGAUGUGUAUUUAGCGAUGUAGCAUUAAUUAAAUAAUAGAGCCUCCCAUGACUUCAGUAAUGCUUGCCUGUUCUUUAUUCAAUUAUAUGGAACUAAGAAUGUAAAAAUCUUGAGUCAAGUAGUUACAAAUUCUAAUCUCUAAAGCUCAUCAAUUGUGAGAGGCUUCCUCAAGUUAUCAAAGAGGUAGUUUUUCCCUCUAUUUUAUAUGGUAUUAUAUUAGGAUCAUAUGUUUGUUUUCUUAGCUCACCACAACUAAAAGUGCCAAUUUAAAAGAAGUUUGAGUCAGCCAGAGGAAGGAAUGUUGACAGUAGUCAGAAGCAGCUGGGAAAAAUUUUUAAAAAAACUAAAAAUGACACUAACACUCAAAUCACAGUAGCCUGGGGUCAUUUAGAGGGGGUAAAAACAGCCCUGUGUGCCUCAACAGAGCCUUAGAGCUUUAUUAUUCAAUAUAAUUUAUGACAAUGACUCAGUAAAAUCUGAAAAUUGGCAAAUUGAAAGGGUAAAAAAGUAAGUCUUCCUCCCAACCACUCAUUUCUCUCUGGAUAAUCUCUGUUAACAGUUUUUUAUUUUUCUAGAGAUGGCCCCAUGUGUAUAUAAACAUAUACAGAGAGAAAACACAAAUUACAACAAACUAUACAGAUUGUUUCACACAUUUUCAGCAGUUUUGUUCUAUAUGCCUGCAGAGCUGCCCCAUUCUUUUCAUAAGUUGCAUGGAAUUCCAUUUUAUAAUUAUUUUGACUUUAAAAUCAGUCCUCUGUCCCUGGACAUUGUUACUUUCUAGUCUUUUACUAUGACAGGUAGCUUCUAAACCUUUGAAAUAAAAAAAUUUACUUGGCUCUCUUCCCCUCCUCUCUGCCCUGCUCCCCAGCUCCCCACCCCUUUACCAGGAUCUAAAUCCUUAGAAUUUCUGGAGUGAUUGAAGUUUGUCGUUCAUGGUGGAACCUGAUUGUUUAUACGAGCAAGAUGACUCAUGAUGAGGGUGGGCCACACCAGAAGGAUCAACCGUGUGAUUAGAGAGUUGGGGGUUUGAAUCACAGGGUUAGCAGUCUGACCUCUGGGGAGGGAAGAGGGGCUAGAGAUUAAGUUCAACCUUGUGGACAAUGAUUCAGUCAAUCAUCCUAUGUAAUGAAAACCCAACAAAAACUCUGGCCACUGAAGCUCAGGUGAGCUUGUAGAUUUUUUUUUAAUAGAGAUUAAAUUAUCAGUAUAUUUUUUUAAUGACUUAUGUGUUCUACCUGUGUCCCCCCAAAAAAGCAUUACUUCUCUGAGAUUCUGUUUAUAUUGCCCAUAUUUUCUUCUAAUAGUUUUACAUAUUUUUUUAUGUGUAAGGAUUUGAUCUACCUGGAAUUUAUUUUGCUAUAAAAUAUGAAUGAGGGACCCAACUUAAUCAUUUUCAGAUGUGUGCUCACUUAUUAAAUCAUUAUACAUUGUAUUAUCCACCUUUUCUUUACUGAUUUCUGGACUUUUAAGGCUGUUCAGUGAAGUGUUGAUUCAUGAUCUCGUUCCACGCUGUUCCAAUUAUUGUGGUUUAAAAUAUGCUUUACUGUCUGGUAGAAAAAUUUCCUGUUAGUGUUCUUCAUUUUCAUAAUUUUUCUGGUUAUUCCUGCCAGUUUUUCAUGUGAACUUUAAAAUUAAGUUUUCUGAUUUUCAAAAGAAAAUCAAAUCCUGUUUACUAUAUUAGUGGGAUGAAUUAAAUUUCCAUAUCAAUUUAAGGAGAUUGAUUUCCUUAACUUGUUGGAUAUUAAUCCCACAGAUGGUAGCUCAUCCCUUCAGUUCCUUAGCCAACCAUAUUAUUAACUGUCUGAACCCAUGAUUGCUCCACAGUGAUCCAAGAAACUGGUAUGAAAUACAUUCUAUUUCUUUAAUGUGAAUGAAUGUUGAUCAAUCACUUGUUGAGUUCUUUAUAUAGAUCUUGUGCAUUUAUUGAUACCCCUGGAUAUUUUCAUGUUUUCUUUCAUUAUAUAUUGUUUAUGGCUGUUGUUUUACACAUGAAGACUGUUGAUUUCUGUAUUUUAGCUUUGCUCCGAAAUCACAUAACUGAAUUUUCCUAACAGUUGUAAUAAUUUUCUAGUUUAUUUUGUGUUUUCUAAGUAAACAAUCAUGUUAUCUGCA